CAAUUUACCAACAAUUCUUACGACGACAUGAAGAUGGCGCCUUUAUGUACCAUUAUCCCUAAAUAUGUCUUGGAGGGCAUAAUUGAAAAAGGGACUGUACCACAGCACAUCAUAAAUCGCUGCCAAUCAACCAUCGAUCAAACAAAGCAACUGCAUGAUGCUCGUGGAAGUCAUGGGCAGAGUGUUGUAGCAGCGCAGCAACGAACCUCCCAAGGUAUUGUUCCACCUUACAUUCUUGAAUCAAUUGCUCGUGAUGCUGCCACAGAUCAACAACGCGAAGCGGCCCGUCAUACACUUGCACAAACUGAACAUCGAGUAGUGGCAGGGCAUGUACGUCACCUCAAGCGUACCGUCUAUGAUGCGCACCCUCCUCCCUAUGACAAGCCUCUGAUUGUGGAAGGUGGUGAGCUUCUCUCUGAGGUGGUGGAUCCAACCAAAAAUGCCAAUGAAUGCUACAUUGGGCUUGGCAAGACCUACGACUUCUAUUUUAAAUUUUUUCAGCGAUGUUCAAUUGACGAUAAGGGUAUGGAGCUCGAUGGCUUCGUGCAUGCUGGGGACCUUUAUAACGCCUACUGGGACGGUAGUAGGCUGGUUUUUGGCGACGGAGAUGACGUCAUAUUUAAUGGCUUCACAGAUGAGCUUGAUGUCAUUGACCAUGAGCUUAGCCAUGGUGUGGUGCAGUAUACAAGCCCAUUUGACUAUGAAUUCCAGAGUGGUGCUCUCAAUGAGUCUCUUGCUGAUGCUUUUGGCAUUAUGGUCAAACAAUGGGGCCAAGACACUCCUCAGACUGCUAAACAAUCCGAUUGGCUUAUUAGAGAGGGAAUAUAG